CGCACUCGCGGCUCCCCGGCCUCGGGCCUCGGGCGGGCGCAGCCGGGGCGCCGCCACUUCCCCGGGCCCCGGGCGGCGGGGACCCCAGAAAAACAAGUUUGCGCAAAGUGGAGCGCGGGGCCCGGGCCCCGGCAGCCCCCGGCGGCGGCACAGCCCGCGCAGCCGCGGCCCAUGGAGCCCGCCGGCCCGGCCCCCGGCCGCCUCGGGCCGCUGCUCUGCCUGCUGCUCGCCGCGUCCUGCGCCUGGACAGGAGUGGCCGGGCAGGAUGCUGAGCUGCAGGUGAUCCAGCCUGACAAGCUCGUGUCGGUGGCUGCGGGAGAGACGGCCACUCUGCGCUGCUCUGUGACCUCCCUGCUUCCCGUGGGCCCUGUCAAGUGGUCCCGGGAGAGAUUGGGUAGCCGGGAGGAGAUCUACAACUUCGGAGGCAAAGGCCACUACCCCCGAGUGACCAAUGCUUCGGAUGCCACCAAGAGAGACAACAUGGACUUUUCCAUCCGCAUCCGUGACAUCAGCCCAGCUGACACGGGCACCUACUACUGUGUGAAGUUCCGGAAGGGGAGCACGGAAGAUGUGGCGUUCAAGUCUGGGUCAGGCACCCAGGUCACCGUGAGUGCCAAACCUUCUCGUCCCGAGGUCUUGGGUCCCAAGACGAGGGCCCUGCCCGGGCAGACAGUGACCUUCACCUGCAAGUCCCACGGCUUCUCCCCCAGAGACAUCACCCUGCGGUGGUUCAAAAACGGGAACGCGCUCUCGGCCACCCGGACCAACGUGGACCCCCAGGGGGACAGCACCUCCUACAGCGUCUCCAGCACAGCCAGGGUGCCGCUGACCUCGGGGGACGUGCGCUCCCAGGUCAUCUGUGAGGUCACCCACAUCACCCUGCCCAGGGGCACUUCUCUCCGUGGGAUGGCCAGCUUGGCUGAGACUAUUCGAGUUCCUCCCACGCUGGAGGUGUCCCAGUUCCCGGCGGUGGGCAACCAGGUGAACCUCACCUGCCAGGUGAAGAAGUUCUACCCCCAGAACCUGCAGCUGACCUGGCUGGAGAAUGGAAAUGUGUCCCGGACAGAAACGACCUCCCUCCUCCUACAGAACAAGGACGGGACCUUUAACCGGACCAGCUGGCUCCUGGUGAACUCCUCUGCCCACCGGGAGAACGUGCCGUUCACCUGCCAGGUGGAGCACGAUGGGCAGCCGGCGCUCACCAAAUCGCACACCCUGGAGGUGUCUGCGCCCCAGAAGGACCAGGGCUCAAGUGACUCCUCUGACCCGACUCCCAGCUGGUACGGCAUCUCCAUUGCGGUGGGCGUGGUGUGUGCCCUGCUGGUGGCCCUGCUCAUCGCUGCCCUCUACCUCCUCCGAGUCCGACAGAAGAAAGCCAAAGGCUCCACUUCUUCUACCCGGUUGCAUGAGCCUGAGAAGAAUGCCAGAGAAAUAACCCAGGUACAGUCCUUGAUCCAGGAAACCAACGACGCCAACAACGACAUCACCUACGCCGACCUGAACCUGCCCAAGGGGAAGAAGCCGGCCCCGCGGGCUGCCGAGCCCAACAACCACACAGAGUAUGCCAGCAUUCAGACGGGCCCCGCGUCCGGCCCCGAGGACACGCUCACCUACGCCGACCUGGACAUGGUCCACCUCAACCGGGGCACCAAGCAGCCCGCUCCCAAGCCUGAGCCGUCCUGCUCGGAGUACGCUAGCGUCCAGGUGCAGAGGAAGUGAAGGGUGGGGCGGUCCGCUCCCCGCAGGCGCUCUGUCCAGCGCGGGCAGCCGUGAUAAGGACUGCCCCCCGAGGGUCAGGGGGGCGCAGGCCCUGGGACCCAAAGGGUGAGGGUGGCUCUUGCCUGUCACCCACCCGGCAUUUCCAGGGCAGCCUCACCCCCCAGCAUUGCCAGACCAGCCGGAGGCCUGAGCUGGGAGGCAGCCGGAGCCCCGGGGAGGGGGGACCAAGUAGCCUCGCGCUGCUUCUCCCUCCACCUUGGAUCUUGGUCACGGUCUGAGGAAUCGGCCUCCCUGUGCGCCACAGUCUCAUCUACCAAGACCUGGAGGGCAGAAUUCCCAUCUGCUCCCCCGACCACCCCCACACAAAUGCACCUCUGGGGGGAGCAUUUUCCCUUUACGCCGAACUGCCCCGUCCGGGGAAAGCUGGAUACGAAGCCUAAGGGAUUUGCACCCCAAGAACUUGGUGACAGAAAUCGCUGCCAAUGUCCCCGGGCUGAGGAGCCACACGUCCCUGGGGGAGGAGCGAACCUCCAAGGCUCCUCCCCUCCUGCCCCGCCCCUCAUCCUCUCAGAGGCCCCCCUCAGACUCCUGGAGGACCCGUCAUCCCAACUGUGAUUCCGAGUGGCCCCAGCUCCUCUCUCGCCCCGAGCUUGCUUUCUCCAGCUCGCACUAACUCAGCAACCAUCCCGCUGUGGACGCCACCUGUAAAUUAUUGACAACCGUGACACGUGCAAUCUUGAAACUGAGUUGUUAGAAAAUUUGAUCUGUGAUGUUUCGUUUUCGUUUGUUUUUUGUUUCAUUUUUUCUUUCUUUCUUUUUCUUAAAACAACAGCAACGUUCUCUUGGCUCUUUGUCAUGUGUUGAAGUACCUGGUCGGGUCUUGUGCAGUCUAAGGUUUAACUGUUGGUUGCCGUGGAAGGAUUUUUUUCUUCCAGCAGAAACUGGACUCUUCCGGAUCCCCGAGGAGGGAGAGGAAGGUGCCAGGGGGUCCUUAGUGCUGAGCCCAGGACCGUCGGCCAAAUCCCCGCUAAGCCUCGUGGCUGCCCCCACUGCCUCCUGUGACCCCCAGUGCGGCUCUUCCCCGCGCCUGGCCCCUGUGCGCUCCCCGGGCUGCUGUUCCCGCACGUCUGCCGGCCUUCUCGUCCAGAGAAAGGGGGCCCCAGUGUCUUCCCAUCACCUCUCAGCACUGUGGGGCCAAACGGGGUUUGAAAGUGCUGCUCGUCUCUUCCCCACUUGGGACCCUUCGCCCCACUCCCGUCUUCAGUGACCUUCCCCCCGACUCCGAGCUCCCAGCUGGCCCCCUGCAGGAGACAUCUCCCGCUGCUCCUCUCAAACCCUUUUAGGAUCAAACUGGAAUCCGUCCUACAGAGUCAGAAGCACUGGGCAGCCGGGCAGCCCCUGCCGGUGCUCCUUCUGUCCCUCUGCCUCAGGAGGUUGGGCAUUGGCCGGACCCUCAGACCCCGCCACGCUUCCAGUUCCUAGUUGAGGGCUGUUCAGCCCCCCCAGGGCAAGCCCACAUGGCCUCGUUUAUUCAGUCUUCACGUGUCAUCGUCAGCUCGUAGGUUGAGGCACUAAUCUCUGACCCCUGAGUCUGGCAUAGGCGUCCAGGGCACCCCCAGCUUAGAACCAGAAACCCUCACAAUCUUCCCGACCAGCUCUGCAGGUGAACUUGGGAAGCUCAGCACGCGCACGCGCGCGCGCACACACACACACACACACACAUACACAUACACACAGGCACGCACAGACACAUACAACAUACACACACACACAUACACAUACAGGCAUACACACACAAAACACACACAGACACACAUAUACACUCACGCACGCACACACAUACAUACACAUAUACACAGGCACACACAGACACAUACAACAUACACACAGACACACACACAUACACAUACACACAGGCAUACGCAGAUACAAAACAGACACACCGACACAUAUACACUCGUGCACGCACACACACAUAUACACAGGCACACACAGACACACAUACAACAUAUACACAGACAUACACACAUACACACAGGCACACACAGAUACAACAUACAACAUACAGACACACAUACACAUACAGGCAUACACAGACAGAAAGCAGACACACAGACACACAUACACACUCGUGCAUGCACACACAUACACAGGCACACACAGACACACAUACAACAUAUACACAGACACACACACAUACACAUACACACAGGCACACACAGACACACAUACAACAUAUACACACACAUACACAUACACACAGACACAACAUACACAGACAGACACAUAAACACGCGCACACACACACACAGCACGUGGGAGGGCUGUGAUUUGGCGUUUGAUGUGAUGGCAUCCAGGAGUGAGUCAUGCCAACAGGCCAUAUGGGGAGCUCUGGCUCUCUGAGUCAGGCUUUCUCCGUGGCAUCUGGGAGCACAGGGGCCCGGACACCUGGCCUGGGCAAUGUCCAAAUUCCAGACGUGCACUGGCUUAUGGGCCUGUGUCUCCCCCUACCCAGGGGUGCGCUCAGCACCGCUUUCUCCUCCCGCACUUGCAGACCCGCUCCCGGGGGUGUUCUCUGGGCACCGCCUGGAUUUCCUUUGGUUUGGGAAGGGGAGUCAGCGGCCGGGGUCAAGGAAGUGGUGCCGCUUCCCUCCAGCCUGGCAGCCUGGCAGUGCCCAUUCCUUGUCUAUGGAACCCCAGGCAAAGGAAGAGGUCACGUCAGUAGUGCAGAAGAAGCGUGGUUUCGGGAGUUUAUUUUAAGACUGCUGGCAAGGAAACAGGCCCCCUUUUUUGUAUAUAGUUGCAACUUAAACUUUUUGGCUUGCAAAAUAUUUUUGUAAUAAAGAUUUCUGGGUAACAACGA